AUGGAGAAUUACUAUGAUUAUUCUUCUGAUGAAAAUUUAGAAGAAAAUUUUAGUACUGAUCAAGAUGAACCAUUAUUCGUUUAUGAUUAUCUGGCUGCUAUGAAGGUAAGACAUUGGUUAGAAGAGCAAGAUUCUUUGGAAAUACUAGAAGAUGACAAAGAUAAUGAAGAUUCAUUAUCUGAAGAUGAGAAUAUGGAUCAUAAAUUCUUAAAUGUAGAAAAAAAUAAUCUAUUACCUUGCAUUAUUAUUGAUAAUUUAAAAGGUGAAAUUAGAUGCUGCAAUUUAACAUAUAAUUUAAAAUCAUUAUCCCAAUUAUUUGAAACUUGGGAAAUAGAAAUGACACUGGAAGAAAAUUCCAAUACAAAUACCUUAGGUGUUUGCUCUAGUCAUUUCAAUUUCGAUCAUAGUAAACUUCACUCAUCUCAUGCCAAACAAUUUAAAGAUAUCAGUCAGAGUGUAGUUAAACCAAAAAAUGUUUGUUCUGUAAUAAAUAUAAAAACUUUUUUAGUAGAGUUGAUGACUGUGAAAAACAUGGUUGAAAUAUAUGUGGAAGAAAUAUUCAAUCAUCAUGUUCAUUAUGUCUGUACAAAGUGCUUUGAAAGCAAUAGUGGACAUAUUCAUAAACGUGAUGGAAAAAAAUCUCGAACAUGUGUUAACAAUGAAUUGCAUAAAGAUAAUACUAAUCAACAUAUGAUGAAAUUAUUAGAAAAUCCAAAUUCAGACGUAUCAUCCUCUACGGAUACAACCUCUACGAAUACAACAAAUUGUUUACCUAGCCCACUGCUAGUAAAAACUGCUAUAAGGAUUAAUGCAUUUGAUUAUUAUUUAUCUACAGAUAAAAAAUAUAUAAAAGCAGAUGAAUAUCAACAACACAGUGAAGCAUUAAGAAACUUCAUACAUAACUCACAUAAAGAUAUUGAGCAAUAUCGUAAUAAUUUAGAAAAUCCAAAUUCAUUAAAUGAAUAUUAUAAUAGCUUUCCUUUAGCACUUACUAGAUUAAUACAUUUUGCUGUAGCAAUAGCAAUUCAUCUUUAUCUAAAAAAAAAUAAUAAAAUACAAGAUGAGAUGGAUAAUAUAAAAAUAGAGAAUACCAUAAUAAGCAGAAAUAAUAAUACUCUAAAAGUUUGGUACUUAUAUUACUGUUUAGCUGAGUAUUGGAAGGCUCAUCGUGCAGGAAUUCGUACAAGAAAUCUAGAUAUGCAAUUAAAAAAUUUGGCAGCAUUCGCACCCCUAUUUCCUGUUGCUGGGAAAAACAAUUAUGCAAUGUCAAUAGCAUUUUUCUUAGAAUCGAUAUUACACCAUCCACAACAAUACGAAUUGCUCAGACAUGUUGCUUCAGUAAAUAUUAUCAGGGAAUAUUACUAUCUAGCUUUUGAUGAAGCACUAGAACAAUAUGGCAUUAAGUUCAUCAAACAGAAUUUAGCUUCUGGUUUAUCAGAUUCAGUGCUUUUAAAACAACGAAUUGCAGCAAUCCAGGAUGAACACAAGAGGAUGCUAAUGUUAUAUAGUGAAUUUGUAAGUGAUAAUGUAAUAGUUUCACAAGAUCAAGCAGUUAAACAGUAUACAGAAGUUUUAUGGGAACUUGUUGAUGAACUUACUUGUGCAUUCAACCUUACAAAUCCAAAGCAAGAUAAUCUCUUCAAACACACACAAGAAAUGAACCAAGAUGGUUAUAAACGAAUGUUUACUUUUUAUAAGAUUAGGCUUAAUAGAUUAGACAAACUUCUGCAAGAA